CUCCUCCAAGCAAAACUGACCACUUGAUUGCUUCUCAAUGGAACCAAACAAGGGUCUAGUUUCAGCUCUCUUCCUCUUCUUCCUCCUCCAUGAAACCAUAGCUUCCCCUACCCCAAAACCCCAUAUCAAGCCUCGUCCUCCUCCUCACCACCCAUGUAGACACCUAACCUUUUAUUUCCACGACAUUAUCUUCAACGGCAAGAAUUCCAAAAAUGCCACUGCAGCCAUUGUGGGUUCACCGCCCUGGGGCAACAGGACCAUUUUGGCAGGGCAAAGCCAUUUUGGUAACCUUGUUGUGUUCGACGACCCAAUUACUUUGGACAACAAUUUGCACUCUGCCCCAGUUGGUCGUGCCCAAGGCUUCUAUAUUUAUGACAGGAAAGACAUCUUCACUGCAUGGCUUGGCUUCUCCUUUGUCUUCAACUCCACCCAACACAGAGGGAGCAUCAACUUUGCCGGGGCAGACCCGUUGAUGAACAAGACUAGGGACAUUUCUGUCAUUGGCGGGACUGGGGACUUCUUCAUGACUAGAGGAGUUGCUACUUUGGAGACUGAUGCAUUUGAGGGUGAAGUUUAUUUUCGUCUUCGCGUUGACAUUAAGUUGUAUGAGUGUUGGUAAAAAUUCGUGUGACUAGGUAUUGCUAAUUUGGCAUUCAUCUCACACUUUGAUUUCAGUUUUGGUUUAACUUUGAUCCAAAUUUUGUUGAUCAAGAUAGCAAUCAUGCUUUUGUAUCCAGACUAGGGGGAAAUGAAUGCAUGUACUCAAUAAUAGAUCGACGAUCAAAUUCUAUCCAUAUUGGGUUUUUUGGUUA